UCGUCAUCGUCCUCGGCGCUUCAACAGACGAAGACCUGCUUAAGAUUCAAAACCCUUACCAUGUCGCUGGUUGCAAACGAAGAUUUCCAGCAUAUACUUCGUGUGCUGAACACGAACGUGGAUGGGAAGCAGAAGAUUAUGUUUGCUCUGACCUCCAUUAAAGGUAUUGGUCGCCGUUUCGCCAACAUCGUCUGCAAAAAAGCUGAUGUCGACAUGAACAAAAGAGCUGGUGAACUAUCAGCCGCGGAGCUUGAUAACCUGAUGGUGAUUGUUGCAAAUCCAAGGCAAUUCAAAAUUCCAGACUGGUUUCUGAACAGGAAGAAGGACUACAAGGAUGGAAGAUAUUCCCAAGUUGUAUCCAAUGCAUUGGACAUGAAGCUGAGGGAUGACCUUGAGCGAUUGAAGAAGAUCAGGAAUCACCGUGGUCUUCGACACUACUGGGGUCUUCGUGUUCGUGGACAACACACUAAGACCACUGGUCGCAGGGGAAAGACUGUUGGUGUCUCCAAGAAACGAUAAAUCUGGGUUUUUUUUAUAAUUUUUUUUCCCAUGCUGUUUAUUUUAAGGCGAUGAUUUGUAUUAGCUUAUAGCGUAACCCCGGGAAUGUUCAAUUGUGGUUUUUACUUGAGAAUUUGGAUCCUUUUUUUUUUUUGACAAUUAAAGUUAUUUCAACACCUUACUUUUUUGCAUUAUGCUUUAA